AGACUAGUAAAAAUCAAAUUUGUUUUUCUUGUGUGUUGGGUAGGCUGUUGUGUUUGCAUUAGAAAUGUCGAACUGUUUUUGUGUAUAGCUUUUGGUCUGGUAAGGUAACAUUCAACCAAGAUUGAAGAUUCCAAUCCAAGGGAAGAAAUUAAAAAGCUGAAAAAGCGAAAAGAGAUUCAUUGACGCUAACGCUGACGCUGGGAAUCCAUGAAUUUGUGGAUUCCUGGUGUAUGAUAAAGGAGCUGAACCCUUUACUCAUUUCCUAAAUUCGAUGGGGAAUUUAUUUGUGAAGAAGCCAAAGGUAACCGAGGUCGAUCGUGCAAUUCUCAACCUCAAGACCCAGAGACGCAAGCUUGCUCAAUACCAACAAAAGCUUGAUGCUGUCAUCGAAGCAGAAAAGCAAGCUGCAAGAGACUUGAUUCGUGAAAAGAAGAAGGAUAGGGCCCUGUUAGCAUUAAAGAAAAAAAAGACACAAGAAGAAUUGCUCAAGCAAGUUGAUGCCUGGCUUAUCAAUGUUGAGCAACAAUUAGCAGAUAUUGAACUGGCAAGCAAGCAGAAGGCUGUAUAUGAUAGUUUGAAGGCUGGUAAUGAUGCAAUGAAAGCCAUACAGAAUGAGAUAAACAUUGAGGAUGUUCAGAAACUUAUGGAUGAUACUGCCGAAGCUAAAGCUUAUCAAGAUGAAAUUAAUGCAAUACUAGGGGAGAAAUUAUCAGCAGAAGACGAGGAGGAGAUUUUAGCAGAAUUUGAGAACUUGGAAGCUCAGCUUACUGUCCAAGAUCUUCCUGAAGUUCCUACCUCGGUGUCUGAAGAAAUCAACGAGAAAUUAGACCUUCCUGAUGUCCCAACCGUAGUACCAGGUGAAAAAGUUGCUGAAGUAUCUGCCAAAACAAAAGUUAUGGAGGAACCGCUGCCAGCUUGAAGAACACUGCAAUCUUAGACGGAGCAUCUCCAUGUCUGCCUGUGUCGUUACAAUUUCUGUUUCAAAUUUUAUGCAGUUUCUGGAGUUUAUUUGGACUUUAGCAUCAUUUAAUUUGUACAGUUAUGCAUAUAUGAUACAUCAAUUCUAACAUGAAUCAUAUAUUGAAAAAACCAUAUAUCUUAUGUUUUACACUUUCGCAUGUGCACAUUAGAUAUCUAAAUGU